GCGGCGGCGCGCCGGGGCGCGGGGACUGGGCGCGGGCCACCCGGUGCCAGCGGGUGGCAUCCUCGUGCUGGGCCAGGAUCAGGACUCUCUGGGCGGUGGCUUCUCGGCGCGCGAUGCCUUCAGCGGCAACCUCACCGACUUCCACCUGUGGGCUCGGGCCCUGAGCCCCGCGCAGCUGCGUCGGGCACGGGCCUGCGCGCCGCCACCCAGCGGCCUGCUCUUCCGCUGGGACCUGGGCGCCCUGGACGUCACGCCCUCGCUGUUGCCGCCCCUGCGGGUGCGCCUGCUCUGUCCAGUGCCCUCAGAAGAGUGCCCUACGUGGAACCCAGGAUCCGGCACCGAGGGCUCUUUGCUCUGCCUUCAACCACAUUUCUUCCUUUGCUGUUACCGGACAGACACUUAUCAGCGGCUGCAGGAUGCCCAGUCGUGGCCUGGCCAGGAUGUUAUCAGCCGAGUCAAUGCCUUGGCCAAGACCGUAGUGCUGCUUCCUGACCCCCUCUCUGAAGCCCCUGGACACCUGUCGCUGGCUGAGGCCUCCAGCUUCCUGGGUAUCCUGGAGAAGGUCCUGGCAAAGGAGUCCGCUCCACUGGGGCCGGCUGCACUGCUGGCUGUCGUGCACUUCCUAAAGAGAGUGACAGCCCUCGGGGCUGGGGAGCCAGAACCCUUAACAGGGCCCUGGGAGCAGCUAGGCCAGGGCAUCGUGUCUGUGGCCAGCUUGGUCCUGGAGGAGCAGCUGGCUGGCGCGUGGCUCUCAAUCAGCGAGGUGGUUGGUGGACCCAUGGCCCUGGUGGCAAGUCUACAGCGCUUGGCGCCCCUGCUGAGCACCACGCUGACCCCUGGGCGGCCCCAAAUGCACAUCCAGCGUCGCUGUGUCGGCCUGGAGGUGCGGAGUCUACGCUUGACGGAGGCUGGCACGGAGGGCUAUGUGUUCACAGUGCCCGGUGGGCAUCCGGAGGGGCCCGGCCACAUCCGCAUCCCCGCAGGUGAAGUGGAGCGCCUCCUCGGGAAAGGCCUCUCUGGAGUCACCGUGAUCCACAGCUGGUUCAGCUCGAGUGUCUUCCGGCAAACCCUAGGGGAGCCUGGCCUGGAGCCCCAGGCCCCUGACAGCUCAGAAGAGGCAAGCAAAUUGCAGAGGUUUCUAAGCACCCAGGUGGGGUCAGCCAUCAUCUCCUCUGAGGUAUGGGAUGAAACCGGGGAGGUCAGCACGGCCGUGACCUUUCACUUGCAACACCAGACCCAGGCCUUCCCACAGAAACUGGUGGAACCUGUCUGUGCCUUCUGGAACUUCAGCAUCAGCCCAGACACAGGGGGCUCCUGGGCCACUACCGGCUGCUCUGUGGCCACCCUGUACCGGGACUCUACCGCGUGCUUCUGCAACCACAGCACCAACUUUGCUGUCCUGUUGCAGGUGUAUGACGUCCAGAGAAGCCCCGAGGAGGAGUCGCUACUGAGGACGCUGUCGUUUGUGGGCUGCGGAGUGUCCUUCUGCGCCCUGGCCACCGCCUUCUUGCUCUUCCUGGCAGCCGGGGUCCCCAGGUCGGAGCGAGCCACGGUCCACAAGAACCUCACCUUCUCCCUGGCCUCUGCCGAGGGCUUCCUCAUGGCCAGCGAGUGGGCAAAGGCCAACAAGGUGGCAUGUGUGGCCGUCACAGCUGCAAUGCAUCUCCUCUUUUUGGUCGCAUUCUCCUGGAUGUUGGUGGAGGGCCUAUUGCUAUGGAGCAAGGUGGUGGCCGUGCGCAUGCGCCCAGGCCCCAGGAUGACUCUCUACUACGCCACGGGCUGGGGCGUGCCCGUGGCCAUCGUGGCCAUCACGGUGGCCAUGUCCCCCGACGACUAUGUGGCCACUGGCCACUGCUGGCUCAAUGUGCACACGGACACCAUCUGGGCCUUUGUGGGGCCCGUGCUCUUCGUGCUGACUGCCAACACCUGCAUCCUGGUCCGCGUAGUGAUGGUCACUGUGUCCAGUGCCCGCCGCCGUGCCCGCAUGCUGAGCCCCCAGCCCUGCCUGCGGCAGCAAAUCACGAUCCAGAUAUGGGCCACAGUGAAGCCGGUGCUGGUCCUGCUGCCCGUCCUGGGCCUCACCUGGCUGGUCGGCACGCUGGUGCACCUCAGCCCGGCCUGGGCCUACGCCGCCGUGGGCCUCAAUUCCUUCCAGGGGCCAUACAUCUUCCUGGUCUACGCUGCCUACAACGGGGAGGUCCGGAAUGCCUUGCAGAGGAUGACUGAGAAAAAGGCAACAGUGGCAUUUAUGGUCUGCUCCAGCCCCAUAGGCCCAGGGUCCCACCCUAGGUCCCUUGGUCCCUGGGAGGUCUCUCAGAACAACCCUGUAGCCUUGGCUCCAGCCCGAAGACACUUGGCUAUUAGAGGUAAGGCCACGCCACCUUCCAGUCUGAGUACUACCCAGUGCCUCAGUUUCCCCAGUGCUCAGGUAAAGCUGAGAAGGCAAUGGCAGAUCCUGUCAACCCAUCUGAGAGACAAGGAGACUGAGGCCCAGGGAAUUCUGCAAACACGGGGCCUGGAAGGGACCCACAGCCCCAGAAUCUCCACAACCUUCUCCUCCAUUGCAGAACCUGAGAGACCGGCUGUGGAGCUGACAGCAUUCAAGGCAUCAGGUACAGCUCCCAUCUCAGAGGGGUCCCCCCUCUCCCCUUGGCACCCGGACACCCCCUCAGCCCCACUGCACCAGGAUGGAAGGGAUUUGAGAAGCAGCCACACCUGACGCCUCGUGGAAGCCUGAAGUCUUCCAUUAGCACACUGUUUCUAGAGAGAGUGCAUGCGGACUUGACUCCAAGCCUCUGAAAGGCCCAACUGGGGGCCCCCCCAGGGACAGACAGCAGCCUCCGCCACCACCUACUGCCUCUCCCUCAGCCUCUCCCGACUUGCAGUAGGAGCCCCCCCCCCCAACCCCUCCCGGGUGCUGUGCUAACCCUGCCAGGUCCCACAGCUCAGUCCCCCUAACUUUCUGUCCAAGAUUGUUACCCGCUCUGACCCUCCCCACCUGCCUUGAAAUUCUGACAGCCCUGUGGUAUCGCUAGCAAUAAAGGGUACUCUUGUGACCUGUU